AUGAAGUACGUUUUGCUAUUUCUUUUGCUGACCCUCUUGGGAACGUGCUCAGCCAGAAAUCAUGGUAAAACAGAAAAUGUGGCCUUGCGUGGCAAAGCAACUCAGUCAUAUCGCUAUCCACAUAACUUUGGGGAUGCCUCCAGUGCAAUCGAUGGAAACCGUGAAUCAAACUUCGACGCUGGUUCAUGCACUCACACUAUAAAAAUGGACAACCCCUGGUGGAGAGUGGACCUGCUGGACAGCUACAUCGUCACCUCCGUCAUCAUCACCAACAGAGGAGACUGCUAUGCACAGAGGCUCAAUGGGGCUGAGGUUCACAUAGGCGACAACUUAAAAGACAAUGGUGCUGCAAACCCACUGGCUGGAACAAUAUCUCACAUCCCUGCAGGCAUCUCUCACACGCUGACUCCAAGCACUCGUAUCAGUGGACGUUAUGUGACAAUCGUUCUACCCGGUGCUAACAGGUAUCUUACGGUCUGUGAAGUGGAGGUUUACGGGUACCAUGCCCCGACAGGAGAGAACCUGGCGCUCAAAGGAAAAGCCUCACAGUCAUCAUUGUAUACAGAAGGCAAUGCAUACUUUGCUAUUGAUGGGAAUAACGACAACGAUCGGGUCCACGGGUCCUGCUCUCACACCGACAUCAACUUCGCCCCCUGGUGGCGACUUGAUUUGCUGAAAACCCAUAAAGUGGAUUCUGUCAAGAUAACCAACCGCAAAAAUCUUCGUUACUAUCAACGACUGAAUGGAGCCGAGCUGCGCAUUGGAGACUCACUUGAAAACAAUGGCAACAACAACCCAAGAUGCGCCGUGCUGGAUAACAUCCCCGCCGGAGCGACUGUUGAAUUUCAAUGUAAUGGGAUGGAUGGCCGCUACGUGAACGUAUUCAUCCCUGGAAGGAAGGAGUACCUGACCCUGUGCGAGGUGGAGGUUUAUGGCUCCGUCCUGGAUUAUACGGUUGCAACCGUGGCGGGGUUUGUGUUCGGCUCAGACGUGGCCGUCUAUCAUGGGACAGACACUUUACUGAAAAUUGUUCUCUUUUCUGUCUCAUCCAGAACAAUGAAGUACGUUUUGUUAUUUCUUUUGCUGACCCUCUUGGGAACGUGCUCAGCCAGAAAUCAUGAAAAUGUGGCCUUGCGUGGCAAAGCAACUCAGUCGUAUCGCUAUCCGCAUAACUUUGGGGAUGCCUCCAGUGCAAUCGAUGGAAACCGUGAAUCAAACUUCGACGCUGGUUCAUGCACUCACACUAUAAAAAUGGACAACCCCUGGUGGAGAGUGGACCUGCUGGACAGCUACAUCGUCACCUCCGUCGUCAUCACCAACAGAGGAGACUGCUGUGCACAGAGGCUCAAUGGGGCUGAGGUUCACAUAGGCAACAACUUAAAAGACAAUGGUGCUGCAAACCCACUGGCUGGAAAAAUAUCUCACAUCCCUGCAGGCAGCUCGCACACGCUGACUCCAAGCACUCGUAUCAGUGGACGUUAUGUGACAAUCGUUCUACCCGGUGCUAACAGGUAUCUUACAGUCUGUGAAGUGGAGGUUUUCGGGUACCAUGCCCCGACAGGAGAGAACCUGGCGCUCAAAGGAAAAGCCUCACAGUCAUCAUUGUAUACAGAAGGCAACGCAUACUUUGCUAUUGAUGGGAAUAACGACAACGAUCGGGUCCACGGGUCCUGCUCUCACACAGACAUCAACUUCGCCCCCUGGUGGCGACUUGAUUUGCUUAAAACCCAUAAAGUGGAUUCUGUUAAGAUAACCAACCGCAAAAAUCUUGGUUACUAUCAACGACUGAAUGGAGCCGAGCUGCGCAUUGGAGACUCACUUGAAAACAAUGGCAACAACAACCCAAGAUGCGCCGUGCUGGAUAACAUCCCCGCCGGAGCGACUGUUGAAUUUCAAUGUAAUGGGAUGGAUGGCCGCUACGUGAACGUAUUCAUCCCUGGAAGGAAGGAGUACCUGACCCUGUGCGAGGUGGAGGUUUAUGGCUCCGUCCUGGAUUAGCAUAAAGAUUCACUUUAUCCAAAACGAGCUAAAUUUAACCAACUGAACUCGCAUGAAUCAAACUAAUAGAUAAGGCUUAAUUUUGAUUGUUUGCAUUGGAAAAUAAUAAAAUUUGUGUAAAAGGAUAA